AUGUUCCCAGCAAACGUGAUGGUUGUUCUUUUCUGCGCGCUCUUGCUUCUCUCUCUUAUUUUACGAUGGCUUCUACUACCCAAACCCAUACCCGGAAUCCCCUUCAACCGACAGUCUGCGAACCGAAUUACCGGCGACAAUCCAGACCUCAAAAAGGCGGGACGCAUGCGCUCAUGGCUCCGCGACCAGUUCACGAUCCACAACUCACCCAUCGUCCAGGUGUUCGUCGCCCCGUUUGGCAAACCCUGGGUGCUCGUAAGCGACUUCACGGAAGCCUACGACAUCAUGACGCGUCGCACGAAAGAGUUCGAUCGCAGUAGCUUGACGACGGAUAGUUUCGGUGGCGUAAUGCCAUCGAGUCAUAUCAAUAUGAAGUCGGCGGAUCCUCAAUUUCGGCAUAAUAAGCAGUUGGUGAGGGAUCUCAUGACGCCUGUUUUUCUAAACGAGGUGUCCGCUCCCAAAGUUUACGAGCACCUGGUUUCGCUUGUGGAGCUGUGGUCCCUGAAGACUAGAUACGCAGAUGGGGCGCCAUUUAGAGCUGAUUUGGACGUGUUCAUGGUUGCGCUGGAUAUUACAAUGGCCCUCGUGUUGGGUUUUCCACGAGAAAAAUCCAUGGUCACGAAACAAAUCGCCGAUAUAAAGAUCCACAGCCAACAGACUAGCAGCCACCAACAAGGUGGGACGUUCUCGUUCUCGAGCUUGCCGCUGGAUCCAGAACUAGAUGCCUGUGUCUACCUAAUCAAUAGUAUCGGCAUCGCAUUUCAGUCGCCGCUUCCGAGCGUUACUAAUUGGCUAUAUCUUCACAAACCUCGCUCUAGACGAGCGCUGAGCCUUAAAAGGAGACUGAUUGAGGAGAGCAUCCGGCGCGGGCUUGAGAGAACGGAAGGUCAGGACGCAGCAGAGAAAAUGAAACCGAGGUGUGCGGUUGAUCAAGUACUGCUACGAGAGAUUGAUGGUGCUAGGAGAUGCGGCGUUAAACCCGAUUUCCAUAAGAGGGCAAUCUAUGACGAGCUGUUCGGUUUCAUCGUUGGUGGACAUGACACGACCUUUACCACCAUCGCUUGGUCCGUGAAAUACCUGGCACGAUAUCAGCGCGUGCAAUCUCGUCUCCGUGACCAUUUGCACGCAGCCCAUGCCUCAGCCCGCUCCGGGAAGCGCCUCCCCACUGUCUCUGAAAUAACCGAGGCACGGAUACCAUAUCUUGAAGCCGUCACGGAGGAAAUAUUCCGCCACAGCCAUAUCGUGCCCGUCGUCUUGCGCGAGGCUCUUGUUGACACGCAAAUCCUGGGCUACUCAAUUCCCAGAGGCACGCAAGUAUUCUUCCUCUCUAAUGCACAGAGCUACAUGCAACAGGCCUUUGAGAUUGACGAGCAACGCCGGUCGGAGAGCGGAAAGCUCAGCAAGGAUCGAUUCGGGGUUUGGCAGGCCGGAGACGUUGCAGGGUUUUUCCCCGAGCGGUGGCUUGAGAAGAAGGACAAAGGGGAGGUGUUUAAUCCAAAGGCGGGCCCAAACCUGCCGUUCGGAGCUGGUCCGCGGGCAUGUUUUGGUCGGAGACUGGCGUACCUCGAGAUGAGUGUCGUGCUGACGAUGCUAGUCUGGAGAUUUGAGUUUCAGGAGAUGGGAGAGCAACUGAAUAACUUUGAAGUAGUGGAUCGCGCGACUGAGGUGCCAAGAGAUUGCUAUGUUAAACUGAGGAUGCUUGAGUAA